AUGCAUGGAGCCCAUGAUGUCAAGCUUGCUCCCAAGGAGUGGAAUAAUGCUGGCAAUACUUGGGAUGUAGCGUUAUCACGAACUGCCAGAGCAUGGGGGAAAAAAUGUGUAUUUGAGCGUAAUAGUCAUUUAGAAGACUCUCAAAUGGCCCAUCCUACCUUUAAUGGUAUUGGUGAAAAUAUGUGGGUUGGCCCUGAAAAUGAAUUUACUCCAUCUAUUGCUAUCAGAAGUUGGUAUGCAGAGAGGAAAAAGUAUGAUUUAAAAAAUAACACUUGCUCUGAUGACUGUUCUCAUUAUAUUCAGCUUGUGUGGGACAACUCUUAUAAAGUUGGUUGUGCUGUUACAUCAUGUUCAAGAGUUGGACAGAUUAUUCAUGCAGCACUUUUCAUAUGUAAUUAUGCACCAGGAGGAACUGUAACAAGAAGGCCUUAUGAACCAGGAAUGUUUUGUUCUCAAUGUGGCCCUCGUGACAGAUGCACAGAUCUUCUAUGCAGUAAUGCAGAUCGUGACCAAGCCAUAUAUUACCCAUUUUGGUAUCCACGUUGGGAAGUGCCUCGGCCAAUUGUGUGUAAUCCCAUGUGCAUGUUUACUUUAUUACUGAGAACAGUAUGUUUUAUACUGUGUGUCAUAAUUGUUUUGAUGGUACAGCCUCAGUUUCCAAAUAUCUUAUUGGAACGACAGAUGGUAUUUACCCCUGAAGAAUCUGAAAGAGAAAAACAAAUGAAGGAAUGGAAGAAGGAAGAGAAAAUGGAGACAGAGGAGGAAAAACAGAAAAGAGAAGAAAAAGAGAAAGAGGAGAAGGAAGGGGAGGAGGAGGAGGAAGAAGAGGAGGGGGAGGAAGAGGAAGAGGAAAAUGAAAAGGCAGAGAAAGAGGAAGAAAAAGAUUAA